CGGCAGAGACGCCACGCCUCCACGACGAUGAGCGCGUAAACGAAGCUCCUCUCGAAGACGUUAGGAGUGACGACAUCAAUCAACGAAACAGCACGCACAGGCACGCGACGCGAAGCAGAAGCUCGCGCGUAAUCAACGCACAGGCGACACACGCCACCAGUAUAUGACAAAGAACCACGCGGGCGACGCGCCGGUGAGCGGUUCGAACGCGGAAGGGAAGCGACCGCCGGCGCCAAAGAUGGGCGUGGAGGAGGGCGCGUUUGCGCGGAUGAACAUAAACGCCGACGGCGCGGGCGUGAAAUCGAACGGCAAGGGGAUCCCCGCGCCGAACGCGCUUCCGGUGCCGCUGCCGAACGGCGACCGCGGCGGCGGCGCGAAGGGAGGACGGAACAACAGACGCGGCGGGAAGGGCGGCGGCGGCGGCGGCGGCGACAAAAACGCUACUUCGGCUUCGGCCCCCGGCGGCGGCGGCAGCGGCGACGGCGACGACGCGGCGAAAGAGUCCGCCGGCCGCGCGCCGCGCGCGCCGCGCCCGAAGCGCGAGCAGAAGCCGCGCGAACCGCGCGGCGGCGACGACGCGACCGGCGACGCGAGGCCGAAGCCGAGGAUGCCGUCGCCGAAGCCGGCGGCGAACGCGAAGGCUGGCGGCGGCGCGGCGCCGGCGCCGAACGCGCCGCCGACGCCGGUGGGGGCGUACACGCCGCCGGGAGCGCGCGAGCGCGACGCCGCCGCGGCGAGGACGCCGCCGCCGGUGCCGGUGGAGGAUAAGCGCCCGGCGAAGGGGCUGAUUCCGCUGCCGAAGGGGCACCCCGCGCUGGGUGGGGAAUCCGCGGGCGACGGCGAGAAAGCGGCUGCGGGUUCCCCCGCGCCCGCGCCCGCGCCCGAGAAGGGCCGCCGCGCGGCGAAGAAAGACAAGCCGCUCGCGGAGUCCACGAACGGCGCCGCGGUCGGGGACGACGCGCCCGAGAAGUCCGAGUCGCGCCCGCCGGAAGAGAAGAGGAAACUGUCCAAAAAAGAGAAGCGGAUCGAAGCGCACGCGAGCGGCGAGACGUUGAAGAAGGAAAAAGAGGCCGCGAAACCCAAAGAGAGGAAGCCGAAACCGUCUGACGACGGCGCGGCGUCCAUCCCGAGAGCGCUCGCCGCGCAGGUUGGGAAGGAGAUCAGGAGGCUCGUGGAGGGCGGCGACAUGGAGGGGGCGUUGGACGUGUUCCACGAAAACGCGAAGAAGAACGCGAUCGACGUGGACACCGCGCGAGCGUUACUCCACGGCCUCGUCCGCGCGGUGAGGCUUCACGAAGCCUGCGACGUCGCGGAUCACCUGAAGAACCGAGGGAUCAAGAUUCCGCUGAAGCACUUCACGACCGUGGUGCUCGCGUUGUCGCAACGCGCGAACCCGAUGGACGCGCUCGACCUCCUGAACGCGCUCGAGCCGUGCAUAAACUACGAAUCCAAGGCGAUUCACUGCUACCACUUUCACUUCCUGAAGCUCAUCGUGCAGGAGUUUCUCGAGGAGGCGCUUCAGACGCUCGAUCGCGUCGCGAACGCCCCCGCGUUUGGGCUACAGGAGAACGGCCUCGCGGCGAUGGACGUCGUGAUUCGAACGUCGCAACGCGGCGGGCAGCUGUCGCUUCAAGUUCCCGCGCUCGCGGAGGAGCUGAACCGCGGUCUGAUGAAGGGCGACACGGUGCUUCUGUCGCGGACCGGCGAGGCUGCGAGGCAGACGGGCCUCGGGGAGAUGCCCACCGGCCCGAGAGGGGGCAGCGACGUGGAUUUGCAAAACCUCGAGAUGCCCACCGGCCCGCGGACGGACGGCGCCGAGCGCGGCCGCGGCGACCGCCGCGGCGGCGGCGGCGGCUGGCGCGCGGAUUACGAGUUCGAAGCCGAAGUCAGCACGAUGUACCCCAACCUCAGCGUGAAGCUCAUCGGGUGCACGCCCGCGCAAGCGUCCUCCGUCAGAGGCGGCGGGUGGAGGGUGGACAAGCUCGCGAACCGAACGUCGUUCAUUCGCCAGCUCAACGCGCUUCAGAACAUGGUCGAAGUCAAGGCGGGGACGUCCCAGAAAGACGGCGUGGAUCCGGCGAUUCGGGACAUUCUCGUCGCGGGGUGGGACGGGAACAAGUCGGAGUCGAACCGCGUCCGCGAGAUGUGCGCCGCGGAGAAGAACCAAGGGAUGCACGCGAUUCAGCGCCAGAAAAUCUUAGACCAAGCGAUGGACGUUCAGGCGAUGAGCCACAUGAACAAGUCGCAGACGGACGCCCUCGAGGCUGCGCUCUUCCAGCGCGUGACGCUCAUUCAAGGCCCUCCGGGCACGGGGAAGACGCACACCGCGGUGGCGCUCGUGCAGAUGUGGCUUCGCUCCGGCAUCGGCCCGGUGCUGUGCACGUCGGAUUCCAACAUCGCGGUCGACAACCUCGUCGACGGUUUAUCCCGAGCCGGCGUGCGCGUCGCGCGCAUCGGCCGCCCGGAGGCGGUCCGCCAGGACCUCAUGCAGUACAUGGUGGAGUCCAUCGCCGGGAUCGAGCCUGGGUGUACGUGGAGCAAAGAUCAGCAGUACCAAGCCAUCAACGGCGUGCUUCGACGCGCGGACGUGAUUUGCGCGACGUGCGCGGGCGCGGGGUCGGACAUCCUCGAGAGGUUCUCCUUCCAGGCGUGCCUCAUCGACGAAGCGACGCAAGCGACGGAGCCCGCGACGGUCGUGCCGCUCACGAAGGGCUGCUCGCAGGUUGUCCUCAUCGGCGAUCAAAAGCAGCUGCCGCCGACGAUCAUCUCCCGCGAGGCGGACGCCGCCGGGCUCGGAAAGUCCCUCUUCGAGCGGAUGC